AUGGCAAGGGUUCUUGCCUCACGCCUCUUCAUAAUGCGCCUCCUCUCCACCAUCGCCGCCGCCGUUCCCAGACCUGCCUCUCUUCUUUCGCGCCGCUCCCUCAUUUCUCCUCAUACCGUUCGCUCCCUAUUCCUGGCUCUCUUUCUCGUCGCCAGAUUCGGCGAGAUCCGGUGCCGAGUGAACCGCGCCGGCGAAGGUGGAGACUCGGCUUACUCUCCCCUGAACUCUGGGUCGUCGUCGUCGUCGUUCAGCGACCGCCCUCCCACCGAGAUGGCGCCUCUGUUCCCGGGAUGCGACUACCAGCACUGGCUUACCGUUAUGGACAAUUCUCUCGAUAAAAUACUUAACAUAUUUUUUAAAUAA